GUGCAGACGACGUGAGCAACUGCAGCGCGAUUUGCGACGGGGCAUGUGCUUUUCAAGGAAGUGAGCAGUGCUUUUUGGAGGACCUGACGGCCAUCCGAAAGUCGCUCCUCCUCCACUGGACGCCCUCAGCGCCCUUGGAGGGCCUUGCGGUGGAGAACUACGAGGCGAUGGCGGUGGUGCCACCGGAAGCCUUUGGGCAUCAGAGCUAUGAAGAACUUGGUGGUGUGGCAGUGCUCCUGGUGAACGACAACAACGACAACCCGCGUCAACUCGGCACGCAGUUCGUCCUCUUUCGCCUGGCCUUCGACACGCCGACCACGCCGGUCACGCCGGGGCAUCCGCGCUCCACGACGAGCGGAGCGGCACUGGUUGCGGUGGCCAGCGUUCUUGGCCUGGUCCUUCUGAGCCUUGCAUGUUGCUGCUACUUGCGCAGCCGAAGAUGCAGAAGCAGGCGGCACCAAGCCUUGCAAGAGGAGAUGGAUGAACGAGGCGGCGCUCGGCAAAUCGGCCGCGCUCAGCUGGGAGCCGCGGAGCCGCGGAGCGUGGUUUGA